CUAUCAGCUGUCUGAUUUUAUAAUUUUGCACGCCGCUUAUUUCGUGUUUUUCCGGUAAAUUUCUUUAAAUCUACCAAAAACAAGGACUGAAGACAAGAUGUGGCCCAUUGUAAUGGCUCUCCUAAAGCGUAACGCUGUGUAUAUCACAUUACCAAUUGCCGGCGUGGUUGGUUUCAUUGGUUAUAAUCUGGAGAGUUGGCUAUCUGAUAAAUAUACCCCAUACAGUCCAUCCAUUCAAGAGUUACGCGCCCAACGUUUGACAGAAGAAAGUUUAAACUCAAAUGCCGCCAAUGUGGAGAAAUUACGACUCAGUAGUCCUGUGCUCGAACGCAAUCUUUCCCCCUCGCUGCAGCCCAAAUCCUAGAGUUAAACAUGACCAUGAGAAGUUAUCUAUAAUAAAGUGUUGUUAUCAAUAAAACAAAAAAAGAUACGCCAAAAAA